AAAGAGGAACAGGCUCGAACACCAGCCGUGCUUGAUCAAUCGCAAAGGCCGAACGUCCUGUUCUGUCAAGGACCGCUUGAUGUGCACCACAUCAACAAGCAGCACAAUAUUUCUAGCGUCACAUCCAGAGUCGUUGUUGAUGCAGUGGCCGAAGCAACCGACAACCCUCCCGGACGCGGAUUGACCUCGCUUGUCGAACUUGACAGGAUCUGGUAACUGAACUCGAAGGAAGCUCUUGCCAAAAGUGGGCUUCCGACACCGAAAAGUACUGUUACUGAGUUAGAAGAAUACGAGGAUGGAGGCAAGUUCUGUACCCCAGGCAUCGAAGACAGUCUCGAUCAAAGUCCUUUUGACUCUCGAAGGCCAUCCGGAUACAAUGUUUGGGUGGAGCAGCAAGUAAGCGCCAUAAUGACCGACUUGAGGAAACAUCCUUUGCCAAUUGUAGUGAAAGGCAAUCAGUCGUUCGGUGGGGCUGGCACCUGGGUGCUUACAAGUGAGGAAGACCGAGAGAAUUUCAUUGACGACCUCAUGACCGGAGGCCUUCUUCGGAAGCUUCUCAGCUACAUCACCGCCAGUAAUGAGCACCUCAAUCUGGGGAAAGUGGUCAUUCAGGAAGUCGUACACGACCCUGUUCGAGAUGUUGGAUUGAACUUCUUCGUUAAGGCUGAUGGCACAUCGGAGUUCCUGGCUGCUUCAGAGCAGAUGAUCGAUCGUGUAAGUAGUGCUUGGAUCGGCAGUACCAUCGACUAUUCUGAGCAGGACAAAUGGCGUAAAGAUCUUGAGCCACGCAUGAACCAGAUCGGUUCCUGGCUCCACGAGCACGCUUAUGUUGGACCCGCCGGCGCCGAUAUCCUCGAAACUAAAUCCGGAGAAAGGCUGAUAGUGGAUCUGAAUGUGCGAACUACGGGAUCGCUGUGCCUAUCUCUGCUCAGCAAGCACUUCACAAGUCGUGGGUUGAAUGCCGCUUCAUCUUUCUCCAUCACUGUUGAGCAGGACCGAGACCAAUUCAUUGAUACUUGGCGUGAUAAAUUUAAGGAGGGGCGCUUUAUAAUAGUGGCAUGGUAUCAUGAGGCUUCCCUGGGCCAGAGCUAUGCGAAUGUGGUCAUUGGAGCGGAAGAUCAAGCGGCGUAACCGGAGGUCAUCGAAAAAGCGCGAAGCAUGGGUGGCAGCGUGACGUUUUGAGAAGCUGACCCUCGAACAUUAUUUAAGCCUCCGACACUUGAAGACUAAGCUCGGCUACCC